ACGAUCUGAGAUCUGACUAGAAGAGGGCCUAGCCUUGACGGUCUUUUGUUCGGUUUGGGUGGCUGCGUGCAUAGUACGACACUGGCAAGCCUGGAAGAGGUACUGCAGAGGUGACUGAUCAGCAGUAGCGGUGUGGAACCUUUCUCCUAUCUGAUCGACUGACUACCUACCACACCGGGCGAGGGUCGCGCGCUUGCGGGUGAGUUUGUAAACUUGUUAACUACCACGUGUUUUUCCUCCUGCCGCGUACCAAGCCCAUCGAAUUGUCGGCACUGAGACGCCGGCUUGCAAGUAUUUUUUUUAGCGUAGAGCUAUAUACACCCUAUGUAUGUAGGCUUAGCUACAGUGUGUGUUUGCUUUGCGUGUGUUCCUACCUACGUACGUACACGUAGACGUGUACACAGGUACGUACAGCUGCACUUUCGCCGUCGCGUGAGAUCCACGCUCCCUCAAUGGCGAGGGGGUCGGAAGGAAAGUAACUAGGAGCCAGCCAUGCCUCUGUUUGGUAAGAAGCACGAUGCUCGAGUGACGGCCAAGUACCACAUCAAGGACCUCCUCGGAAAAGGAGCGUUCUCAGAGGUGUUCCGUGUCCAAGACAGAGAGACCUCGGUGCAGUAUGCCAUCAAGAUCAUCGACAAGAAAGCACUCAAAGGAAAAGAAGAAGCCCUUCAGAAUGAGAUUGGAGUAUUGCGGAAAGUGAAGCAUCCUAACAUUGUAGGUCUGGAGGAGGUCUUUGACGACAAGACCAGGCUCUAUCUUGUUAUGGAACUGGUGACGGGGGGAGAGUUGUUUGACCGGAUUAUCGCCAAGGGCAGCUACACGGAACAGGACGCCAGCGCCCUGAUCAACCAGGUCCUGGAGGGUGUCGACUACCUUCACUCUCUCGCAAUUGUUCACAGAGACCUGAAGCCCGAGAAUCUUCUCUACUACAGCCCGGCGGACGAUUCAAAGAUCAUGAUUAGUGAUUUCGGUCUCUCGAAGAUGGGUAUCGAGGACAGCGCCAGUCUCGCCACGGCCUGCGGUACUCCUGGCUACGUGGCUCCGGAGGUACUCAGGAGAAAGCCGUAUGGAAAGGCUGUUGACUGCUGGUCCAUUGGCGUCAUUGCUUACAUCCUACUAUGUGGCUAUCCUCCAUUCUACCACGAGAACGACGCGGAGCUGUUUCAGCAGAUCAUGCGAGGGGACUACGAAUUCGACUCGCCGUACUGGGACAACAUCUCCGACUCUGCCAAGGACUUCAUCCGGCAUCUAAUGGAGCUCGACCCAAAGACGAGAUACACCUGUCGACAGGCCGUCGAUCAUCCUUGGAUAUCUGGAGGCACAGCUCUGAAGCGAAACAUCCACGCGACAGUUAGCAAACAGAUUCAGGCUAACUGGGCCAAGGGCAAGUGGAAGAGGGCAAUCAAUGCAGUCGCCGCGGUGAAGAGGUUCGAAGGUCUCACGGCAGAUAUGGAGAAGGAAUCAGGGGCCAUGCCCUGACCACACCCCCUGUAGUACCCGUACAGACGUACCAAUUAGCUCUAUUCUUAUUCUGUGGAAAUUAAUUUUGCACGCCAGUACAGCAGUGAUAGUUUUUCAUCACAAGAUUGACAUAAAUCAAAAAUGCACAAAUACUCCGAGGCCACGUAAAUUAUGGUUUCUGUAUUAUAUGCUACAUGAUAUUUUAUGCAUGCAUAAUAAUUAUAUCUUUUGACCAGUUUGUAAAUUUGUCCACCCUUUUGAACCAAGUGUGUAAGUUUGUGCACAUACAUUAUUAAUGUUUAGUUCUAUAUACCCCUCCAUAA